AUGUGGCGCCAGCGGGGCGGGGCCGUCACCCCCGAGCACCCCCCCUCCCGCGACCCGCUCACGCCCUUGCAGGCGGGGGCGGACACCACGUGCAUGGGGGCGGCGUCGCGGCCUCACCGAACGCACAGCGCAGCGCACCUGUCCCCCACCUCCCCCGGCGGUCCGUGGGCCCCGGCGUCGCCCGCCUCUUGGACCCCGAGCCUCCCAGGGGAGCCCCUGGACGUGCGACUGCUCGCCGGGGGCUCCUCGCACGCCGGCUCGUCCGCGCCGCCGCCCCCCGAGGACCCCGGGCCCCCCUGCCUCGGAGACGACGACCCGCGCCGAGCCUGCUCCUGUGCGCAGUGCGCCACGCCGAGGGUAUAA